ACUGCGCUCGAGUCACGUCUCUAGAUUAGAUCGAGUAAGCUUCUUGUUCUCAAGGAAGUUUAUUUUCAGCCGUUCACGUAUUUCCACCCACAUCUUUUGGAGGGGGUCAGUAGCACUGGUGGAUCCUAACACUCAGACGAUACAGAUGUGCUUCACUGCAUUUAGGCGCAGGUGGACCAGAGAGCUUUAGAGAGACCACUGUCUCAACCAACACUUUUACUCGCACCGACUUCAUUUUUGAGCUUUUUUAACCUAAAUCUGAGAAGUACAUUUGAAGACGAAGAAGAAUCAUCUGGGAAAAUAAUAAUAUUAGAAUAGAAGAAAUCUUCAUUUCUUCAGGUGAAGACAGAUUCAGAAAGCAGGUCACUGGUCAUCUUUGAGAGAUGUUUGAGAAGCAUUCCUACGACAGUCCCCCAAUGUACACCCCACCUUCCAAUGGCUUUGGACCACCGGGGAGCUUCCAAGACCCUCAGAGUGAAUUCGAUCCCUACCCUCCUCCUCCAGGAUCCUACUAUGUGGGCGAGGAGGUGCCACAGCACUUCUACAAAUGGUUCUCCCCUCCUGGUAUUGUGAAGAUUAUGAUGGGAACCAUUAUAAUCCUCUGUCUGGGAAUCUUCGCCUGUGUGGCCUCGACUUUGGUUUGGGACAUGCAGUACGGACUAGGUUACGGAUCUGGAUAUUCCAGCUAUCCUGGAUACGGAAGUGGAUACGGAUACGGCAGCGGGUAUGGAUACGGAAGCUAUGGAAGUGGAUAUGGAUAUGGUGGCUACUACAAUUCUUACCCGACCCCUUACUCAGCAAAGACCAGUAUGAUCGCCAUUGCCGCCAUAAACUUCAUCAUUGCUUUGGGAUUCUUUGCAGCUACCUUCUCCAAAACAAACAUGUUCCGCAGCAGGAAGUUCUACCUGGUGGUCCUUGUUAUCUGUUCUAUAAUGGCUGUGAUUCAGGGCAUUAUAAACAUUGUGUACAUUGUAGGAGUGAACCCUAUGGCCCAGAGCUCCACCAGCUCAUACUACAACCCCAUGCUUAUGAUGUGUCAGAAUCUCUAUGGCAGCAGUGUAACAGGAAUGGGGGCCGGCUUUCCAAUCUAUAACCAGUACUUGUACCACUACUGCUACGUGGACCCUCAAGAGGCAAUUGCAAUGGUUUGUGGGUUCAUGGUUGUGGUCGCACUGGCUGUGGCGGCCUUCUUCUCCUAUAGGACCAGAAGUAAAAUCUGGCACUUUGGGAAACCAAACAUCUACUGGGAUCGACCACUUAUGGGAGGAACUGAGGGCAGAGAUGUGGAGGAUUGGGUCAACCACGUACAGGAUGGACAGAGCGUGCAGGAGGCAUCCAUGGUGUUUUCAGAGAAGAUGGCUCCUGUUCUGGUUUCAGCCCCCAGUGUCGGCUCCAUCCCCCUGAAGACUGGCAGUGUCUUUAGUUCUGAGACCAACAAUUUUAUUGGUUACCCUGAGCGCUCUUUCAGCCGGCCAUCACAUUCUACAUCCCGGUCUGGAGAAGUGAGCUCCAGCCCUUCCGACCAGACGGACACCAUCCGCAAACCGUCUGCCUCCAGGGGCAAGAGACGCAGGAGGAACCCUGAGCUGGACGAGUCUCAGUACGAAACCGAGUACACAACGGGAGGAGAGACUGCCAAUGAUUUUGACGAGGAUCUAUGGACACGUCUGUAUCCAGAGAUCACGUCUGACACCCAGCGACACGAGUACAAGAAAGAGUUUGACUCGGACCUCAGGACCUAUAAGGAACUGUGUGCAGAAAUGGACGACAUCAACGAUCAGAUAAACAAGCUCAGCAGAGAGCUGGACACACUUGAAGAGGGCUCGUCCAAGUACCAGGCUGUAGCAGAGGAAUAUAAUCAUCUCAAAGACCUAAAACGGAUGCCAGAUUAUCAAAACAAGAAGCACCUUUGUCGCAAACUUCGCCACAAGCUUUUCCAUAUUAAACGAAUGGUUAAGAUCUACGACCGCCGUCAGUAAUAAUGAGCUCCUUUAAACUACCACACCUGCUCUCCUUGUUAAACACUUUUGCAACUAACUGAUGAAGCCUUCGAAUGACUGUGUGACCGAAGUUGCCCGAAACUGCUGUAACAAUGGCUUCAUCUAGUGCUUAUGAUUAACCUGAGCCCUAAAAAUGGUUGGAGACUAAGACUACAGAUUUCAAAACAGGUCCUUCCAAAGUCUUUCCAUUACCUGGAAGUUGUUCUUUCACUGGAAACAUAUGCUUUAUGAAGUGAGUGACUUCAUAUAGCCUGUAAAAUGCCAUAAAGCAUUGCAAUUUUGUUGUUUAUUUUUUUUGUUGGGUGCAGUUGGGAGUGCAAGGUCAGCUGAUUACAUGUGUUUGUUGGAGGAAAUGUACUUUGGACAAUCCUCUCCACCGGAGUAAUUUGCACCUGCUCUGUCACAUCUAUGCAAUCAGUUUCCUUGUGUCGUGUGUUUUAUUGUCUAUUUCUGUUAAGUUGUAUUUGUGGGGCACUGCUUGUUUUUAAGUCCGAAAAGACAAAAGAAACAAUUUGGGUAUUUAAACUAGCACACCAUUACAGAAUAUUCUUUUUUUUUAACAACUGACUGCCUCAGUAAACGAAGAAAUGGAAAUUUAAAUCACUAAGAGAAACUGGAAUUUCAUAUUCCGUUGUGAUUUUAACGAUGAGUUUUGUAAACAAAACAAAAUGGUGCCGAUGCAAAGAUUCAGUUCAGUUAGUUCUAGAUGUUUAAAUCUCAUUGCAUUUGAUUCAUUUAGAAAUAUUGUGCUCUUCCUGCUAUUUAAAACAGUAUAGCUGCUUUUAUCUCUAACCAAUCGAAUACCUAUGCAAG